UUCGCGAGAUUUUGUCCGCAGCUUAAUCUCUUUGCUAGCCCGCAAUACGGUACUCCGAGUAAGUCAAUUAUUGCCAUUAACCAAACGCUUUUCACAGCAUCUCUAGCCGUUUACAACCAUAUCUGUCAGUCCGUACGACGCCAAACGUGCACAUCAUUACGGACUAAAACAGCGGAAUUAAACAUGGGAUGUCUGACAGAUCUUCAUGAUCAACAGAAUAUCUUCUAAGAGAAGGAGAAGAACCUGUUUUUUUUCAUCUUUUUAACUGCAAGCUGAAGAGGAGCGUAACACUCCAAAAUGAGUGACCGUGAGGGGAUACAGGAGGGGAACAAAGAGGAUGAUGACCUCAGCAGGAAAAUACCCAGAGGAGCAUCUCCAGAACCCAGCUGUGUGUCAAUGAAGAGCGAGCAGUCCAUCAGAGUAUUACCUUCUGGAUUCAGCAAUGACCACAGCAGUAAAAUACCCAGAGGAGCAUCUUCAGAACCCAUCUGUGUGUCUAAGAAGAGCGAUCAGUCCAUCAAAGACUUUCCUUCUGCAUUCAGCGUUGACCCCAGCAGGGAAUUACCUACAGGAGCCCGUCCAGAACCCAGCUGUGUGUCAAUGAAGAGCAAACAGUCCAUCAAAGACUUUCCUUCUGCAUUUAGCGAUGGAACCAUGACCUCUGACACCAGUAUCAUCAGCAGGAAAAGACCCAGAGGAGCAUCUCCAGAACCCAGCUGUUUGUCAAUGAAGAGCAACAGAUCUAUAAUGCAACCCCCAGAACUCAGUGAUGGAGCCAUGACCUCUGGCCCCAGGAAAAGAGGCAGAUCAGCAUCUCCACAAUCCAGCUGCAUGUCAAUGAAGAGUGAGAGAUCUAUAAUGCAACCCCCAGAACUAACUGAUAAAGUGGUGACCUCUGACCCCAGCAGUCUGAAGAUGCUUUCCAGACAAAACCACACUUGCCUCUACUGGCAGACCCAGAACAAGACAGAAUCAGACCUGCUAGAUGAGACAGAAGAACUGCAGAGAGUGAAAAACAUACACAAAACCAGCAUGAAGAGCAAGUAUGAGAGUUUAUUCGAGGGAAUAAAAGUACAAGAGAAUCAAACCCUCCUGAAGAGCAUUUACACACAGCUGUACAUCAUAGAGGGAGAGAGUGAAGGAGUGAAUGAAGAACAUGAGGUUUUACACAUGGAGAAAAAGCCCCGAACACAACACUUAAAAGACACUCCAAUCUACUGCAAUGACAUCUUUAAAGCCUUACCUGAAGAACAAUAUCAAAGAGAGAAAAUCAAGAGUGUUCUUACUAAAGGCAUCGCUGGAAUUGGGAAAACAGUCUCCGUGCAAAAGUUCAUUCUGGAUUGGGCCGAGGGAACGGCCAAUAAGGAUGUAGAUUUCAUGUUUGUGCUUCCGUUUCGAGAGCUCAACUUGAUCGGACCUGAUCACUACAGUCUUCACAAACUUCUGCUGGACUUUCAUCCUGAACUUCAAGAUCUGAACUCAAAGAUUUAUGAUGCCUGUAAAGUUGUGUUCAUCUUUGAUGGUCUGGAUGAAAGCAGAAUGGCGCUGACGUUUUCAGAUGACGGUGAGAAAGUUUGUGAUGUGACUGAGAAUUCAUCAGUGUCUGUGUUGAUGUCAAACCUCAUAAAAGGUAAUCUGCUUCCCUCUGCUUUCAUCUGGAUCACCUCCAGACCAGCAGCAGCCAAUCGGAUCCCCUCCAAAUACAUCCAGCGUGUGACAGAAAUCCAGGGAUUCAAUGAUGCGCAGAAGGAAGAAUAUUUCCGGAAGAGAAUCAGCGAUGAGCAUCAAGCCAGCAGAAUCAUCUCACACAUUAGAAGAGCAAGAAGCCUCCACAUCAUGUGUCACAUACCAGUUUUCUGUUGGAUCUCAUCCACUGUGCUUGAAAACAUCCUUAAACAAGACAAUGAGAAAACAAAAAUCCCUCAAACUCUGAGUGAAAUGUACAUCCACUUCCUGCUGAUUCAGAUGAAGAUGAAGAAUCAGAAGUAUGAUGCAGAGAGAGACCCAGAGCAACUCCUGCAGUUCAAUAGAGAGGUGAUUGUGAAACUGGCUGAAGUAGCUUUCAAACAGUUGAUGAAGAGGAAUGUGAUGUUCUAUGAGGAGGGUCUGAGAGAGUGUGGGAUAGAGGUCACUGACAUUGCCUCGCUGUAUUCUGGCAUCUGCACUCAGAUCUUUAAGGAGGAAUCGGUCAUUGGUCAGAGGAAAAUCUACUGUUUCAUACAUCUCAGCUUUCAGGAGUUCCUCGCUGCAUUCUAUGUGUUUUACUAUUACAACAGCCUAGGCACUUCACAGUUUUUUGAUGUAAAUUAUACUGUACUGAAAGGUGCAGUGGAUAAAUCUCUUCAGAGUGAAACUGGUCAUCUGGAUCUUUUCCUGCGAUUUUUGCUGGGCAUCUCAUUGGAUUCCAAUCAGGAACUCUUAAAGGAUCUACUGCCACACACAGUGGACACCAAAGAGAGCAUCAGAGGAACUAUUACUUAUUUAAAAGACAAGAUCAAAGAUGGCCGGGAUUUCUCCACUGAACGAUCCAUCAAUCUGUUCCUGUGUCUGCAUGAAGUGAAUGAUCAGACUCUGUACAGAGAGAUUGAGGAGUUUGUGAGAUCAGACAAACGCUCAGAGAAGAAACUCUCUGUUGCUCACUGUUCAGCAAUAGCUUACAUGCUUCAGAUGUCAGAGGAAGUGAUGGAUGAGUUUGAUCUGAAGAAGUACAACACAACAGAGGAGGGCAGAAGAAGACUCAUACCAGCUGUAAACAACUGCACUAGAGCUCUUCUUGCUGACAGUAAACUUACUCGUCAGUGUUGUGAAACCAUCGCUUCAGCUCUCCAAUCAUCCAACUCUCCUCUGAGAGAACUGGAUUUGAGUAACAAUGACCUGCAGGAUUCAGGAGUGAAGCUGAUCUCUGAUGCUCUCAUGAGUCACGACUGUCAGCUGCACAUACUGAGGCUGUCAGGUUGUAUGGUGAGCGAUGAAGGAUGUGGUUAUUUGGCUACAGCUCUGAGUUCAAACCCGUCACACCUGAGAGAGCUGGAUCUGAGCUACAAUAAUCCACAACACUCAGGAGUUCAGCUGAUCUCUUAUAUAAGUGAUCCAAACUACACACUGGAGACACUCAAUUUGGAUCAUGGAGGAGAGAGCAGGAUUACACCAGGACUACGAAAAUACACCUGUGAUUUCACACUGGAUCCAAACACAGCAUACCCUCAACUUGUUCUAUCUGAGGGGAAUAGAAAGGUCACACGUGUGAAAGAUUCUCAGUCGUAUCCUGAUCAUCCAGACCGAUUUGAUUACUAUUGUAAUGUUUUGUGUAGAGAGAGUCUGAUUGGACGCUGUUACUGGGAGGUUGAAUGGAAUGGACAAGGAGCUCGUACUUCAGUGGUUUAUAAAGGAAUCAGGAGGAAAGGCAUGAGCAAGGACUGCUGGUUUGACUACAGUGAAAAUUCCUGGAGUCUGACCAUCACUCCUAAAAGAUUCACUGCCUGUCACAAUAGUAAUAAAACAGACAUUCCUGCUCCAUCACCUCUCUCUAAUAGAGUAGGAGUGUAUGUGGACUGUCCAGCCGGCACUUUAUCCUUCUACAGUGUCUCUGACACGCACACACUCACACACUUACACACAUUCAACACAACAUUCACUGAACCACUGUAUGCUGGACUUAUGAUUUAUCCAGACUCAUAUGUGAUGUUGCUGUGAUCCCCUUAAACAUACCUGUUUUUAUGGUUGCCAACAUUGCCAGUAUGAAAUAUGGAAUAAAAGUUUUU